UUCUAGCUUCCAUAACGUCAUGGAUGGCGUCGAUAUUUCGAGUAGUUCGGAAAGUGGCGAUGAAAAUACACUCAAAGCAAAGAGCAAUCCCAAUGGAAGAGAAUUGUGGAGUAGUGGCAGUAAUCUUGCUAUGGAAUCCGAUAUUGAUGCUGAAUUGGAUUAUGAUGAAGAAAAUGGAGAUAACGAGGAAAUGGAACGGGUUGAGGAGCAAUCUGAAGUUUCAGUGGUUAGAAACGGCGUGUCGGAUGAUACUGAUAGAAAUGAAUAUGACGGAGAGUUUGUAAAGCAAAUUGCUGUCAGUGUUGGAGUUCACCAUAUUGGAAACAGAACUGAUGAAGUCGCAGUUAACACAGGAAAAAAAGUGGAGGGUGAACUAAGUGAGGAAGGGGAAAUCGAUGACUUGGAAGAAGGCGAAUUGAAAUCUGAUGAAGAUAGUAUUACGGGUUCUAUAAAUUCAAAUGAAAAGUCGACUCGUAGGUCGGUGGACCGGAAUCGUGGAAAACUUUUGGAACAUUCACCGCAUCGUUCGUGGCGCGACGAUCCAGCAUCGGUUGGCAUUUGCAAAUUUUAUCUUCGUGGGACAUGUACAUGGGGACCAGACUGUAAAUACCUGCAUAUGAAAGAGCCACGACUUGAUGGUUCGGUACCAGUACAAAGCUCAUCAAAUGAAAGUACUCACUCACAGCGCUCGAAUAUUAACAAAGCAAGAAGAAGCAGAAGCAGAGAAUGCAAACUUGGCAUCAGUGCAUUUACCGUCUACCCGUCUAGUUCAACAUCGAACGAAAAUGAGGGGUCAAACGGUGACGAAACAGCGUGGGAGAAAGGAUUACGUCAGGCGCGUGAAUUAAUGAUAAAAGCAUCAAAAAAACGAGAAGAAGAACCUGAUUUUGAUCGGAAGCGAUUGGUACUUGCACCUAGUGGAGAUAUGGAUCGACCACGAACAACGGAUGAAGAAUCAGACGAUUCUCGUGGACAUCGUAAAAUUCACCGAACAUCGCGAUCGCCAUUAUAUCGAGGCAUUGUAAGAGGAUCAAAUGGUUUCAUGUUACAUACACAUGUUGACAUUCCUUGUCCGAAGCUUAGGAAAUACGAUAACCUGGUCAAACCUGACAAUAUUAAUGAAAGUCAUCAUUUUGAGCUAGAACGUCGUGGUGUAUGUGAAAGGAAGGAAUUAGUAAAGCCUCGAAAAAUUCCAUCUUUGAUAGACACUAUGCUCGAGGGCAGGCGUUUCGAAUUUUCAAAAAGAUAUGACUAUGGACGCGAUGAAUCUUCUCGGUUGCCUCCUAAAGAUCUUGGACCACAAGUUCUGUACCCGAAUGGAAGGCCAACUUCUCGACGUCACGGACCUCCUCCGAGACGUGAAGUAUCGCCGAAUGGGCAUUAUCGCAUAUCACGGCGCGGUUCUCCAUUUCGUAGCCCUCGUUCGCCACUUUCUCGAACACCACGAGAUUCCCGGUCACCUAGUCUACGUCGCUCUCUUUCGCCUCAAGAAAAAAGGCACGGUUCAUCGCUAUUAGUAGAUAAACGAGAAGCUAAUAGAAAACGAAAUAGCAUAUGUGCUGUGGGUGGUCUUCUUUCAGCUGGUGAUCAGAUUCAUGAUCCAUGGGAAAGAUCACACAAAAAAGGACGAAGCAAGGAUAGAGAAUUGAUAUCCUUAACACUUGGAGCAGAACUCCAAAAAACUCGCCGAAUAAGUGAUAACAAGAAGCAGAUAUGUCGUCAAGACACUGUUAGCUCAGCAAGCAGUGUUUCAAGAAGAAGUGCAAGUGCAGGCUCAUCAGUAACUUCUCGUUCUCGAUCACAUUCACGAGCAUCCUCAGGAAGCCGUCAUCAGUCGACGUUCCGUUUCUCGUUGGUAUCUGCUGUUGCUUCCAGAAAUCUAAUUGACGAUGAUGGAUCGUUAAGAGCAACAGACCUUUCGUCUUUUCGUAUCCCAAAGAAGAAGAGAUCCUCUCCGGUACAGUCAGUGCAUCGCUCUAAUACAGUCGCUCUUCGUAGCUGUGUGCGUUCAUUCGAGCGGACGAGCAAUCAAAACAAACGGUAUUCAUCUUCUAACCCGCUCAAAAGGAGCUCAAGUAGCAGUAGUGAUGAUGCAGAGCCUGCCGCGUAUCGCCUCAAAAAAAAGUUGAUGACGGUUUGCCUACCGAAGGAAUACCGUUAUCCCCGGAGGUUGCAGCAGAAGAUGUUUCGAGCGAUGAAGAUGAGAAUGCCUCCGACACUUCUGUACGCGAACCGAUUGCGCAACAGUCAAAGAAAAUUUCAUCGAUUGAAAAUUCACGACCAACUUCGAAAAAAGCAAUCGCAGAGUAUAAUGAGUCAAGGAUUGAUGAUGACGAUUACAUGGAUAAUGAAGCAGAAAAAGAGGAGCGGCGUGCUGAGUUGUUACGUCAGUUGAAAUGUGUUGAAGAAGCAAUAGCUCGUAAACGUAGUCGGCCAGUUAUUUGAAGUCAUAUAAACUAUGAUAUUUCGUAUCUAGUCUUUUCAAGUAUUUUUGUGAAGUUUUUUGUUUCAUAUCUUUUUAUCGUUAUUUAUACUAUAAUUUAUUUACAAGCAUUUGUUUGUGUUCAUAGGAACAGUGUUUUAAUUUAUCAUCAGUUUUUGGUUUUGAACCACCUUACUUAAGGUAUCUAGCAUAGCUUUUCGAUAUCAAACUUCAUAUUAACCGUUUUUUCUGCUGAGUUUGACCUUACUUUAUAUCUUACUUUAUUUAUCAGGG